CUGGCGCAUGCGCAGACGAUACCUCCACCAUUGACGCAUGCGCAUUAUCUUGCUCUUUUUUCCUUCAAGGCCGAAAACUCAGGUCCCGUUUCGUUUCUACGCAUGCCCAGUUAGUUCCUUUUUCUGCACAUGCGCUGUUGAGCCACUUAAGAACCUUUUUCGCGCCUGUAUUACUCCCAUGCGGGAUAUAUUUCGCUCUAUUAAAAGGAGGCAUUUCUACUUCCGGCUGCUGCUUCUCCUCACUGAGGAAAGAAAUGGGCUCACUUUCCCAUCAUCCCCGGACAACUCCAAGGCCCAUCAUCCCCAAAUGAUGGCUGGAGAAGAGGCAUGAGAGACAAGUGACCGCUCCAAGGCCAUGGCCGUCUUUGACACCCCACAGGAGGCCUUUGGGGCUUUGCGCCCAGUCUGUGUCCAACUGACCAAAGCCCAGACGGUGGAGACGGUGGAGGAGCUGCAAGGCCAGCUCCGGAGGGUUAGUGACUCAGCCUUACAGGAACUGCAGGAGUACGUCCUCUUCCCAUUGAGGUUUGCCCUCAAGACCCCGGGCCCCAAGCGGGAGCGCCUUGUCCAGAGUGUGGUGCAAUGCGUGUCCUUCCUGUUGUCUUCCACUUGCGUGAAGAAGCCCGACCUCCUCCUUGAACUCUUCUCCGAACUCUGCUUGUGCCUGGCCUCUCCGUCUGCCCCGUGCCAAGUGGCCCCUUUGUCUGAGGAACUGAAGCUCUCUGUGAUCCAAGCCAUCCUAGCUUUGGUUCAUUCAGCGUAUGGAGACGUUGUCAUGUCCUUGUACCAGCCGUCUGCCCUUCCGCACUUGGGCUUUGCUGUGUCUUUGCUGCUGUCCUUAGCAGAGCAAGAGAAAGCCAGGCACGUCAAGCUCGAGGCCUUGAAAUGCCUGCAGGCUCUCCUUUUGCAGUGCGACUGCCAGGACUAUCACAGGCCUUUAGAGGAGGAGGACAGGAGGCGCUGUGGGGACCUCUUUGCCUCUUUCCUCCCUGGGAUCUCCAUCUCUCUUUCCCAAAUCAUCACUGGAGAUACAAAGCAAGGCCAUGCAGUGGUUGUCUCGGCCCUCAGAGUCUUCUCUCGAGCGGUCAGUUUGGUCAUGGAGGACGUACAGCUGAAACAAAUCCCAGCAAAGGAGGAGGAGGUGAAGAAGAAGAAGCCAGCCUUGGAGGGAAGCAGAAUAUCCCAGCUUAUGGUGCACAGAGACCCUGAAUGGAGCAAAAGCACCGCAGCCAAACUCUCCAUCCUUAUCAAGAAGGUGGUUGCUUCCGUCUCCGUCCAUCCGCACUGGAAAGCGAGGCAGGAACUGGUUAAGAUGGUUCGCCUCUUAAUAUGGACAUGUGGCCAGUCGUUGGCGGAAUCCGUCGGCGAGCUUUUGAAGGCCUUGGUGAGCUUUGUAAAUGAUGAGAGAGCUGAAAUCCAGGCUCAGAGCAAUGAGGUCCUCAGGAGCAUCGCAGCUCAAGGCAUGGUGGCCGGCAACAGGCAACUCACCGAUGUUCUUGCAGAAGACCUUCACUCCCUGGCCACGGCUCUUCCGCGCUUAAUGAACUCCCAGGAUGACCAGGGUAAGCUGUCGACCCUGAACCUGCUGCUUGGCUACUUGAAGCUGCUGGGACCCAAGGUGAGCAUCGUCCUCAACUCGGCGUCCCAUCUCCAGCGUCUCUCCAAAGCCUUAGUGCAAGUCUUGGAGCUGGAUGUGAAAGACGUGAAGAUCGUGGAAGAGAAGUGUCACAGCUCCGGAGGCCUGGAAGAGUCAGUAAAGGAUGGCAUUCAAAGGAAGUACUUCCGGUUCUUCGCCGAUGAUCGGAUCCUCCCUCUGCUUCAACAGAUCUGCCAGGUUCUCGGCUACUACGGGAACAUCUAUUUGCUUGUGGACCAUUUCAUGGAUCUCUACAGAGAAUCAGCUUCAUACCGAAAACAGGCCGCCUUGGUGGUCAACGAACUGGUUGCCGGAGCCGCAGGGCUGGACGUGGGUGUCCUCCAUGAACGGGAAAUGGCACUGAGCGCCGAGGAUCUCAAGGAAGUAGUGACAUCCAUUUUGGAAGAGUACGUGGACCAAGCAAACUGGCAUCUGAUCACCACCGUUGAGGUGGAAGAGACCGAUAAUGAACCGGCUGUGAAAUAUUCAGGUCUUCUUGCUGUUGCCUCUGAAUCGCACAGCCAAGCUCUUCCUCUGUCCGACCCGAAACCCACCAUCCGCUCCAUGAACAGCAACAUCUGGCAAAUCUGCAUCCAGCUGGAAGGCAUUGGCCUCUUUGCCCAAGCGCUGAAGAGGGACUUCCGCUUGCUGUUUCUCUCUGCUUUGUACCCAGUUCUGGAGAAGGCCGGAGACCCGACACUGCUUAUUGGCCAGGCGGCACGAAAGGCCUUGUCUGAAAUCUGCUGCGCCUGUGGCUAUGGCUCUGUCCCCGAGCUAAUCAACCAAAACGCGGACUACCUGGUGGAUGGGAUCUCCCUGCGCUUGCGACACAUGGCUCACGAGCCCCAUGCUUUGCAGGUCUUGGAGGCCAUGCUCCGGCACUCGGACGCCAACGUGCUGCCUUUGAUCCAGGAUGUGGUCCAGGACGUUCUGGCCAAGCUGGACCAGUGCCACACUGACCGGGUCUCAUCGUUCCUUGGGGUCAUGCACACACUGAUGCAGAUGCUAGCUUCUUGGUCCAAAGUGGAGCCUCCAGCAAGAAAGGACUGGGAGCCAGAAGGUGGACAUUCCCUGGAGGCCACCCAUCCACACGAGAAACUCCCAGCCCUGCAGCCACCAACAGUAAUGGAAAUGGAGGAGUUUUUCCAGGAAUAUGUCAAGCAGAAACGGGUUGCGGAGGGUGACCUCUCUGAGUCAGAGGAUGAGGAGCAAGAAUUGCCACCACCAGAUGACAAGUUUGAGACCUGCGAGGAGCAGAGCCAGUUGCCGCUUUAUGCCCAGACGGCCAAAGACGUCAUGGAAAGAUGUGUCCACCUACUCUCCGGAAAGAGCCUUCGCAUCCGAUUGAAGGUCCUGGAUGUCCUGGAACUAUGCGUGGUAGCGCUCGGCACUCAUGAAAACAUCCUCCUUCCUUUGGCGCAUCGGACGUGGCCUCCGCUCGUUAAUCGCCUCACUAACGACGACCCCCUGGCCGUACUCCGGGCCUUCAGAGUGCUGUGUGUGCUGGGAGCCCACUGUGGCAACUUCCUGCGGCCACGCUUCUCCAAGGACAUCCUUCCGCGGCUGGCCGCCUCCCUUGACCGGCAGGCCCCGGUCAGCGCCCGAGCUGGACCCGUCUAUGGCCACACGCUGGCCUUCAAGCUGCAGCUGACGGUGCUCCAGGGCUUGGGCUCCCUCUGCAAGACACUGGACCUCGGUGAGAAUGAGCUGAAUCGCGUGGCCAGCGUCUGCCUGCCUUACCUGAGCGCCAAGCAGCCGGCAAAGCUCCAGGAGGCUUCCUGCAGCGUCUUCCUCUACCUGAUGCAGAUGGACCCCGAUGCCACCUGGCUCUUCCUCUGCAACGUCUGGUGCCCGCAGACCUUCCAGCCUCCACAUCCGGACCUGGCGCCCAUCAAACUCCGCGGGAUGGGCAAGAAGCGCAAUGAGUUCACUGACAAUGUGCAGCGACUGUUGGAGGAGCUGCACAGAAGAGAGGGAGGAGGAGGAGAAAGACCCUGAAGAACACCCCUGAACCAUGGAAGAAGGCAAGGCGGAUGAAGCACCUGGACCAGGAGACAAAGAAACCUGAGAAGGACCAGAAAGAGAUGAGGGGGCUCUAAAAAGGGAACAAACCAGAGCUGAAGAUGGAUGGAGCAAUCUCUGAGGGGCUCCACUGGGAAGGGAGCAUUUAGACAUGGUUGCAGAAGGUUCUCUGAACCUCCCUAGUGGUCUCCAAGCUUAGCAGACACUCACCUGCCUUAGAAUGCACUUCCACUGUUGUGUACAUUUCCAAGAGUCUUGGUAGUCCUUCUGGCUGAACAUUUCCAUACAAUCCUGCAGUUCUCCAUUAAGAAGAAAGCUCUUGGACUUAGUUGCAACCUUCUUGGUGGCCUCCAAGGUUAGCCUGUCCUCUAACGCAAUUGCUCUGCGUUGCAGUUAUGGACAUUUCUGAGAAUCUAGGAGAGUCAUCUGGUAAAAUGCUUCCAUACAAUCCUGAGGGUCUGCACUGGGGACAAAGCUCUUGGACUUGUUUGAAGAAGGUUCUGUGAACCUUCUUGGUGGCCUUCAAGCCAAGCAGAUCCUCACCUGACUUGGAACACUGUGUUCUAUAGUUCUGUAUAUUUCUGAGAGUCUUGGACUUCCUGUUAGUUGUUGCAGCCACUGGAGGUGAAGGGAUCUCACCUCCUUCCAUUUGGCCCCAAGAUCUUGGCCAUUGAAGGUCAGAGAUCGGCCUGAGCAACUCAUGCACUGAGUUGUAACUCCAUACCUACGUGUCCACCAUGUGCAAAACGCCGGCUUCUUCUCUUAAAGCCACUGAUUGCAAGACCUGCCCCAUUGCUCCCAGGAGAACUAGGGGGAUUCUUGUGGGGCAAGAGAAAUGUUGGACUGGUUUCUUGCAAAAGCGUUUUGCAAAUAGAUGAUGACCUCUGAUUUGCACAAAACGUUGUGCAUUGGCCUCUUUUUCACGCAGUGUACCAUCUUGCUUCGCUCCCGUUCACUUCUCACAAGCAGUUUUUGCAAAUUCUGUACCUCAUUAAUCUCAUUUAUCUUGGCAGUCAUGGGAUGCCAACUGUUUCUAAUAACUUUGCCAUUUAAAGAAACAUUGUAUGGAAUUUUAUGUCACUGGGCAGGAGGGGGAUAUACGAUCCUGUGCUUAGUGGAGAUUAUUAUUAUCCUUAUCAUCCUGCUUUUAUCUCUCAGUUAAGAUGCCAAGCGACUCGUGACAUUAAAAAAGGAAUACAAUUUAAAAUGCAAAUAUUAAGAUAGAAUGCAACGUACAAAUCAAUUAAAAUGACUUAAAAUAGCAAAAUACUUUAAAAAGUUGUUAAUAUAAUCAAAUAUUUUAUAGAAACUAACCAAUGAGGGGAUGCUGAACUAGAAAGUUGUUCCUUUGCACCCGAGAAAGUCAUGCUGUACUAGUUGGAUGCACAAAGUUUCAUGUUGGGAACGGAUUUUGCAAUAAAAUGCAUCAGAAUCCACAAA